UUGGGAUGUCGGGCUUCUCGAACUAGACAAUUACAUCGCUAAAAUCAGUAUAGCAUCAUAAGUGUGAGGAGAGUACGAGAUCGGAUGUGAUGGACAAUGUUAUUAUUGAUGGAUACAAAUUGAAACUAAUUGCAUAACUCUCUUUUUCGUUGCUCUUUUUGAAAACAGACUAAAAUGAAACAAGUUUAUGACAUUCAGGUGGUCUAAAUGACUGCAACACAAAAUCCUUACACUCUGAACAUUCAUAUGAACACCCUUCAACCUUCAAGAAUUAAUUUUGGGAAAAUUCAGCACUAGUGAGGUUUAGUUCUGAAUGUGAGCUCUCAGGUUUUCAUGAUUUCCUCUGCAAAUUCUGCUGUGUAAGGGUGUUAGUAAAGACAGAACCACAUACCACGUUUUUGACUGCAUAAGGCAAGUUCCAUGAUGAGAAGUGAGGUCCAAUGCCAAAAGGCUUACAACUUAGGGAGGCUAUUUAUUAUUUUAGUACAAAAAUGGAGAAGAAAAAUGAAAAUAGUGUGUCAUGGUUAAUCUAGGGUAUGACUCAAGUAUUCAGGCUCAAUUUAUUUUUGAUAUAUCGCAUUUUAGAUCCAGAAAUUAGCCUCUCCAAACAUAAAUUGAAGGUAUGGCUAUGUACCAAUCACCUUAAUUUCCCAAACCCCACAAAAGUGGGAGUUUUGUGCAAUGGGUAAUGGUCUUUUUAGUAUUCUUGACCUUAAUUGGCUCUACAAGCCACUGACCCUUCUAACUUCAGAAAAAUGGAUCUUGAAAUUAAGAAGUCGUGCUGUUAAGUAAAUUAGCUCCAGAGUGGUAGGUCAAUGCUUUUGUUACCACCCCAUGGUGGGGACACAUGGAAAGAGAUACUGUGUUUUGUGUCAUAAUCAAUCUCCUAACUUCUAAGAACAUCACUCUUUGAUGACGAACAUGUCCUUGUUUACAUUUUCUAUGCAAUAAUUGAGAUACCCCAAUCUCAAGUCUACCAUUCUCUCUUCAUUAAAGUCGUCAUUUUAAGCUUUGGCUGACCAUUCAUAUUUCGGAAAGAAAAUUUCAGACAAUCAGUUGUCUCUCCUUUUUGUGAUGGCCCUUCAAUUUUCGUUGGCUUUCACCACAUUUCUUCUUUUACUCUCUUUAUUUUGGCUAUUAAAGGUAUGGAGAAGAAUUAAACCUCAGAACAAAGUGCAGAAGUUGCCGCCAGGGCCAAGAAAGUUACCACUAAUAGGAAACUUGCACAACUUAAUAGGCUUACUACCACACCAUGCUCUCCAGCAACUAGCAGGGGAUCAUGGACCCCUUAUGCACCUACAACUAGGUGAAAUCUCUGCAAUUGUGGUAUCAUCCCCCAGGCUGGCCAAAGAGUUCAUGAAGACGCAUGAUCUUGCCUUUGCAGAGAGGCCAGAACUUCUUGCCCCUAAAAUUAUAAGCUACGGUGGCUCAGACAUUGCUUUUUCUCCAUAUGGUGAUUACUGGAGGCAAAUGAGAAAGGUUUGCAUGUUGGAACUACUAAGUGCCAAGAAGGUCCAAUCCUUCUCUUCUAUUAGAGAAGAAGAAAUUAGUAGUCUCAUUGAGUCCAUCCACUCAUCUGAAGGAUCACCAAUCAAUUUUACUGAAAAUAUUUGCUCUUUGACAAGUACCGUUGUAUGUAGAGCAGCAUUUGGUACCAAAUGCAAAGAUCAAGAUGAAUUUACAUUGCUGGUCAUGGAAUCUUCAGCCUUGGCAGGGGGUUUUGACAUAGCUGAUUUGUUCCCUUCAAAAAAGUUUCUUCAUGUGCUUAGUGGGUUGAAAUUUAAACUAGAGAAGAUUCAUGGGAAGAUUGACAAGAUCCUAGACAAAAUCAUCCAUGACCACAGGGAGAACCCAAUGAGUGCAGAGACUGGCAAUGGUGAACUUUGGAAGGAGGAUCUUGUUGAUGUUCUUUUACGCCUUCAGCAAAGUGGUAGCCUCGAGUUCCCCAUCACAACCAACAACAUCAAGGCAGUCAUAUUGGACAUGUUUGGUGCUGGAACUGAUACUUCAUCAACCGUAAUAGAUUGGGCUAUGUCAGAAAUGAUGAGACAACCAAGAGUGCUGGAGAAGGCUCAAGCUGAGAUAAGACAAGCCUUUGAUGGAAAGAAACGAAUCCAUGAGAAAGAUAUUCAGAACCUAAAUUUCUUAAAGUUUGUUAUAAAAGAAACUCUAAGGUUACACCCUCCUGUUGCAAUGCUACUCCCAAGAGAAUGCAGAGAGCCAUGCGAGAUUGAUGGAUAUGAGAUACAACUCAAAACUAAAGUCAUUGUUAAUGCAUGGGCAAUUGGAAGAGAUCCUGCACUUUGGCACGAUGCUGAGAGUUUUAUACCAGAGAGGUUUGCCAAUAGUUCAAUUGAUUUCAAUGGGACUCACCUUGAAUAUAUCCCUUUUGGUGCAGGAAGAAGGAUGUGCCCUGGAAUAACAUUUGGUAUGGCCAAUAUUGAACUUCCCCUUGCUCAAUUACUCUAUCAUUUUGAUUGGGAGCUUCCAGGAAGUAUGAGGCCAGAGGAUCUGGAUAUGACUGAAUUCUUUGGUGCAGUUGUUCGAAGGAAAAACAACUUGCAUUUGGUUGCUGCGCCUUAUUCUCCUUCAGAAUAAUGGAGAUUCAACAUCAGAAAAUUCAUUCAGAUACCUCUGAAAUUCCCACUUCACUAUUUUAAUCAAUGUACUAAUAUAGUAAGUCGACACCAGCAAAUAUUUUCUUGAAUUUAAGUGUAUUCUGAUUGCUGGACAAUCCAAAAGCUGAGGUCCUUUCAUAUUUCAUGUAAUCAGGCAUUGUAAAAUUCAAAUCUAUCAGCUGAACUAGUGUUUUAAUCCGAUAUCUUCAUGUGCAUGGUAAUUCAGUAAGACAUUCUUCUGAGAAGAAUAAAUUAAAAUUUUAUUUACCUCAAUAAAACUUACUAUGAGGCAUUUGCUUA